AUGGCAGCUUCAACUCUUGCUUCAGCGGUGACAUCCACGCUACCCAUAACAAACACACACUCCUCGACGGCACCUUCUAUUAUGACUGCCAGCGUCAAGCAAGAGAUUUUCACAAUUGAUGAUCUUGUCCGCGUACGAGCUACAGGAGAGACAGCCCAUGAGCCAAUCGUGGCCUAUCCUUCUUCAGGAACAGACUACAUCUAUUAUACCCCCCCACCAGCGGCUGUUUACUAUUCAAAGAUAAUUCCGCAAAGACUUUCCUCCAAUGACCCAGUGCAAGUUGUUGGCCUACUUGGCCCCUCUGACUUUGAGUAUCUCAUCACUCUACAGGCUGUCUCACGACUAGGCCACACUGUACUACUUCUCUCAACACGCAUCGCGGAAGAUGCAUACAUUAGCUUGGUCGAAGCUACCAAGGCCACCUUCCUUAUCACCUAUCCAAGCUUCCAAUCGAUGGGAGAGAAUGUCUGCAGGCGCACGAGUGCCACUCAGGUCCCCGUCGUAGGGCCUGCGGAUCUGAACUCUCUAGAUGCCUCAGACGCAGUUCUACCAGCGUCUCAUCGUCAUGGCCCAACAGAAAAUAAGAACAUCACCUGGGUCAUUCACUCCAGCGGGUCAACUGGUCACCCAAAACCAAUCUACCAAACCCACUCGGGAGCUCUGAAAAAUUAUGCCAACAACUUCGGAUUGAAGGGAUUCAUCACUUUGCCUCUUUUCCACGCCCAUGGAAUCAGCUGUCUUUUCCGAGCUAUGCACUCCAAGAAAUUGAUUUACAUGUACAACGCCAGUUUGCCACUCACCGCGACCGCCCUACUCUCAACCCUGAACGACCAUCCCGAGAUUGAGAUUCUUUAUGCGGUCCCCUACGCCUUGAAAUUACUUUCCGAGUCUGAAGAUGGUCUACAACGACUGGCCCGUCUUGAGCUUGUCAUGUUUGGCGGAUCUUCCUGCCCCAAGCCAAUUGGUGACACCUUGGUUCAAAAUGGCGUGCGUCUUGUUUCUCACUACGGAACAACCGAGACAGGACAAUUGAUGACUUCCUUCCGCGAUCGCUCUGAUUUGGACUGGGACUAUGUUCGCCCUGGACCUUCUCUGCUGCCAUAUCUCCGAUGGGAGGCACAGCCUGGCAUGCCAGGUAUCUACGAACUCUGCGUCACAGAGGGCUGGCCCUCGAAGGUUGCAAGUAACCGACCAGACAACUCUUAUGCGACAAAGGAUCUGUUCGAGAAGCAUCCUACUACUGAAAAUGCCUGGAGAUACUAUGCUCGUCUUGAUGACACACUCAUUCUUGAGAAUGGCGAAAAGGCCAAUCCUCUAUUUAUCGAGGGUGUCGCACGCAAAAACCACAAUGUCGCAGAAGCGAUCGCAUUUGGAAGUACCAAGCCCCGAAUCGGUCUCUUCAUCAUACCCUCCGAUAAGUCCCCAUUCAAGACCGAUGAGGAGUUACUCGAUGCAGUUUUCCCAGAUAUCGAGAAAUGCAACGCUGAGUCCCCCGCCUACGCCUAUGUAUCUCGGGAUAUGGUCUUUGUGCUUCCCAAAGACAGUGAAUACCGGAGGACAGACAAGGGUACUGUGAUUCGAUCUGCCUUUUAUAAGGAUUAUGCUCAGAGGAUCAGCGAUAUCUACGAUUUGUCAGAUGGAACUGGUGACCAGGUUCUUGAGGGCGAUGAGCUCACCCAAUUUCUCCGCCAGUCCUUGCUCGAAAUUGCCCCAUCUGUUGAUCCAACUUCUCUCGAAAUCAGAACCGAUCUGUUCAGCCUGGGAAUUGACAGUCUGCAGUCUAUCCGUCUACGGUCUGCCAUCACACAGACCCUGGAUCUUGGUGGUCAGCGAUUGUCUCAGAACUUUGUUUUCGAAAAUCCUUCGUUGAAAGCAAUGGCCGAUGAGAUCACUCACCUGCGCUCGGGCGGAGGACCCAAGGAGGAGAUUCCUGUUGAAGAAAGAAUGCAGAGUUUGAUUGACAAGUAUAGCAAUGACUUCAAGACACAUGUUCCCAUUGAACGAGAGGUUGAUGGUCAGCAUAUUGUGUUGACGGGUGCCACCGGCUCCUUGGGAGCUCAUAUCGUGGCUCAGUUGGUGCAAGCUGAUGAUGUGCGCAAGGUUUAUUGCUUUGUUCGUGCAAAGUCAACCAGUGCUGCCCGUCGGCGUGUCUCUCAGAGUCUGUAUGCACGCAAGGUCUCUUUGGGCUUGAGCCCUGCAGCCGAGCGAAAGAUUGUGGCUCUUCCAGCAGACCUUACCAACACCGAUAAUCUUGGACUGGACAACGAAAUAUAUGGCAAGAUUAAGAAGACAGUCACUUCGGUGAUCCACUGUGCUUGGUCUGUCAACUUCAAUUGGUCGCUCGAGAGCUUUGAGCAAAGCUGCAUUGCUGCUACUCGCAAUCUGCUUGACCUUUGCCUCAAUGCCGAAGCUCCUCAACCAGCUUCCUUUUCCUUCUGCUCGUCGGUCAGUACCGUCGCACGCACACCAGGAAACUGGGUCCGUGAAGAAUUGCCCGAGUCACUGAGCCACGCACAGGGCAUGGGAUAUGCCCAGUCGAAACUAGUCACUGAGAACAUCGUCAACCGUGCCGCUUGCCAAACCGGUAUGACCGCGCGAGUUCUCCGCGCUGGUCAAAUUGUGGCAGACAAAACCUUCGGCAUCUGGAAUGCAACCGAAGCUAUCCCAAUGAUCCUGCGGACUGCAAGAACCAUCAAGGCGCUGCCUCAGCUGGAUGAUGUUCUUUCCUGGACUCCGGUCGACGUUAUGGCAGCUAGCAUCAUCGAUCUCAGCCUCUCAUCCACCGCAGGAGAAGUUCUCAACGUCACAAACCCAACACUCAACCAUUGGUCCAAGGACCUCCUGCCCCUGCUACGUGAAGCUGGCCUUGAGUUCGAAGAGCUCCCCAAGCAAGCAUGGCUCCAAAGAUUGCGCGAAUCAAACCAGGAUCCAGAAGUCAACCCACCCGUCAAACUUCUCGAGUUCUUCGCCUCGAAAUAUGACAACACCGACCUUACCCGCACACUCCUGUACGACACAAAGAAGGCCCAAGCUGGAUCACGAUCUCUGGCCAACGUCGGCGGGCUGGACAGCGAGUUCAUUUCACAAUUCAUCAAAUACUUCGAUACACAAUGCUGGACAAAGGUCCCUACCCCUGCACCCGCCCGUGAGGUUAUUUUCCUCAUCGGUCCCUGUGGGUGUGGAAAGACUACCGCCGCUGAAGCGCUCGCAUCGCGACUUGAUAUACCUACAAUCGAGGGCGACUUGCUUCAUUCCCCACUGGCACGUCAGAAGAUGGCUAGGAAUAUCCCACUGACUGACUCCGACCGCUGGGACUGGCUCGCUCAUAUUCGUGGAGCUGUUAUGGAUCGUCUACUGAGCUCAGACGCAAAAGCAGUUACAGUAACAUGUUCUGCAUUGCGAACUGUGUAUCGUGAUGAGCUGCGGAGACUCAAUCAUCUUUUUGACUUCCCGGUCACUGUCUCGUUCUUGUUGCUUACUAUCAAUGACAAGGCGCUGUUGACGGAGCGCAUGAAUAGGCGCUCGGCGACCGAACAGCAUUAUAUGAAGUCCUCCAUGGUGGCCUCGCAGCUUGAUCUUCUUGAAAUACCUGUUGACGAGGAUGAUGUGGUUAUGUUGGACUCAAGUCGGCCAAGAGAUGAGGUACUGGGAGAUGUGGUGCAGACUGUUCAGAAUGUCCUGAAGUCAUGA